AUGUCAGAGAAAGAAAUACCUAUUCUUAAGGCAUCCGAUUUGCCAGAGGAAAUUCAAACUAGAAUAUUUGAGUUGGCCAUCCUGGGCCUUAAGUAUAAGGUUGAAAAGGACUUGGCUGCAUAUCUUAAGAAAGAGCUUGAUCAAGCGUAUGGUCCCACAUGGCACGUAAUAGUAGGAAAGAGUUUCGGAUCCUAUGUUACUCAUGAACAGGGAUUCUUUAUCUAUUUCUAUAUAGGAGAAGUUGCAUUUUUAGCUUUCAAGGCUGGAUGA